CCACGAACUCUCCUCUCAUCACCAACAAGGCUCUCUUUCUCUCUCUGCAAAGGGAAGAACAAGUUCAAAGGAACAGCAAAAAGCUUGGCUUUUUUCUGCAUUUCUAAGGGAAACCCAGAAGAGAAAGGAGUUGUCUCUUCUUCUUCCGAAGAUUCUGUUUGAAAUGGAUAGAGGUGGUGUUUAUGAGAAUGAUGAGCUUGUUAACCUCAAGGCCACCGAGCUGAGGCUAGGACUGCCAGGGACGGAUGAUGGAUGUGAUGUGAAGGAGAUGGUUUCUUGCGUUAAAAGCAACAAGAGAGCGUUAUCUGAUACUGAAAAGGAGAUUGCGUCAACGGGAUUAAAAAACCAAACGGCUCCGCCACCAAAGGCUCAGAUAGUUGGUUGGCCACCGGUUCGAUCAUACAGGAAGAACAGCCUUCAACCAAAGAAAAGCGAGAGUGAGGGUCAAGGGAUCUACGUGAAGGUAAGCAUGGAUGGAGCGCCGUACCUAAGAAAGAUAGAUCUGACAACGUACAAGGGAUACCCAGAACUGCUGAAAGCUCUCGAGAGCAUGUUUAAGUUCUCAGCGGGAGAGUACUCUGAGAGAGAAGGGUACAAAGGCUCAGACUUUGUACCAACUCAUGAAGACAAGGACGGCGACUGGAUGCUCGUAGGAGAUGUUCCUUGGGAGAUGUUCGUGUCAUCGUGCAAGAGGCUAAGGAUCAUGAAAGGAUCAGAAGCCAAGGGUUUAGGGUGCGGUGUUUGAGAGAAAAGAGAGCAAAACCCAGAGAGAAGAGUAUAUGCGUAAAAAAAGGAGGUUUUCUCUCUGAAAUUAAUGUUAGGGUUGUCGGGCAAAGACGUGAUGCAUGCACGCAUUGUGAACCCAGAAGCGGAGACUUUUACUUAUGUUACCUCUUCGGUAAAACUUCAAGUCAGACAUUGAGUUCUUCUAAUGGUAAAAAGACAGUAGAGAGAGAGAGAGAGAGAGAGAGAGAGAGAGAGAGAGAGAGAGAGAG